AUGGGGUCCAACAUCCCGCGAGAAUUUCAGAAGAAAUAUACCUGGGAUGCGAUCGUGUUCUCAGAUGGCGCCACUUACGAAGGCCUCGUGAGUAACUACGGGCAGUGUGAAAAGUUGGGCGUGUUUCAGUACGUCGACGGCGACCGAUACGAAGGACAAUACUCCGAAGGUAUGAUGCACGGCUACGGAGUGUACACGUGGGGUUUGGAUGACUCCACGUAUUACGGACAUUGGCAGAAUAACUCCCAGAACGGGUGCGGGGUGAAGCUCUACGGUUCGGGCGCGGUCGAGGUGGGCGAGUGGAAGGAUGACCAAUAUCUCGGCGAAUACACGGGACGUUGUGGGGAGGAUGAGCAAAACAGAGCAAUGAUGCACGCGAUGGAAGUGGCGACGCGCGCGCGUUUGUUCACGGGUAAGCCCGAUGGCGAAGUCGUGGUGUUGGAGAACAUCUCGAACCCGGAUACGGCGGAGAGUCACCACCCGGUGGUGUACGAUCGCGGCACCGAGUGGCAAAUGCCCGGGUACAAGGGCGAGCAGUUCGAGCCUCCGGCCGAUCUCGAGCAAACGCAACCGAAGGUUUUCGCGCAAAUGCAGCGAUUCAACCAACUUUGGGAGCGCGCUUGGAGAUACUACAACAUCGACGUCCCGGAGGGUGAGAAUGACCAAAAGUUGCAAGAGCUCAAGUUCUUGACCGAGGCACCGGCGACGCUUCGUACCGUGGACGAAGACUACGAUGAGUACGAGGAUGAAGACGACGAGGAUGAAGACGAGGACGAACAACCGAGCUCUCGAUCCCGUCGCGCUGGACCGGCCGCGAUGUCCCUUAGCUUCCGCAACGCGAACCCGAUCUCCACCGCGUUCGCGCGCUUGGGCAAGAGCAAGCACGCGUUGCGCAAGAACCCGCUCAAGGCUGCGGCGGGUGCUUUCGAAGCCGCGCGCGAGCGAUUCAUGGGCGCGACGAAAGUCACCAUGGCUUGA